AUGGUCACAUUCGCAGCUAUGAAUGUUCCGGUUUCGGUUGGUUCAGAUGCUGAGUUUGUGGAGGUUCGUUUAACAGGCCUCAGACCUCUAGUUGGGUUUCUCGACUCUGGCUGCAUGGGUAAUUUUAUCCACUCAGAAGUCGUGUCUCACAUGGAGUCACAAAAACAGAAGUGUGAUCCACUUCCUGUCACUGCUUUCGAUGGUACAUUUUUGUGUACUGUUAACCAAUUUAUUGACUUAGAAUGGCCUCCCCAUUUUAAGAGUUUGAGAUUUUAUAUUACUUCUUUAAGUAACUAUCAAGUUGUGUUAGGUGCUAAAGUUUGUAAACGUUUUUGGAAACUUCCUGAAGACGUCAAAAUACUUGAUGAGGAUUUGUUGAAUCAUCUUGUAUCUAGUACCGAACCUUCUGAUGCCGAACUUAUAUUUGCUAAUACACAUGUGCUUGUUCUGUCACUGCAGUUGCGAGAAAUUUCCUCUGGGGAUUCUGCGACUGAUACACUUUCGCACGUUGUAAAAUCUAGUAGUUCGCUCGUUCAACCUGACAUUCAGGACUUUAUUUCUUCUCUUACUGAGAAAUUUGCUCGCUAUUUUCAUAACGAUCCCAUUACGCACCGUGUUCAUAAUCAAUUUGAACAUCCCAUAGAACUACAGGCUUUCACUCGCUAUCCAAGUCGUCCUUUUUAUCCUAUGAAAAAGGAGAAUGAGAUCGAAUUGGAAAGACAAGUUCAGAAAUUUUUGGACUUAGGUCUUAUUGAGGAAAGUCAUUCUAGUUUCGCUGCACCCUGCAUAUUAGUUAACAAACCUGAUGGUUCCAAAAGACUAUGCAUUGACUACCGUGAAUUGAAUAGUAUUACUAUCAUUGACAAAUUCCCUUUGCCAAUUAUUGAAGAUUUAUUACCUACCAUUAACGAUGCAUGCUUCUUUUCCAAGCUUGAUCUAUCACUGGGUUAUCAUCAAAUCAAUGUAGCCAAGAAAGAUAGACACAAGACAGCGUUUAGAACUCGCUCGGGGUUAUAUCAAUGGAACGUGAUGCCUUUUGGGUUAUGUAAUGCUCCGGCAACAUUCCAAAGAGUCAUGAAUUCUAUUUUUAAACCAUUCCUUGGAAAAUUUGUGGUCGUAUAUUUGGAUGACAUUUUAGUCUUCAGUAAAACCAAAGAGGAUCAUAAAAAUCAUCUUACCAGAGUAUUUGAAGUUCUUGCAAAGUACGGUUUCGUUGCUAAGAAAUCCAAAUGUGAGUUUUUCUGUACUAGAAUCCAAUACUUAGGACACAUCAUUCUGCAUGGGCGUGUGAGAAUAUCACCGUCUAAGAUUGAUGCCGUCGAAGGUUGGCAAUUUCCUAAAUCAAAACGGGAGAUGAGAACGGUAAUCGGUUUUGCUAGUUAUUGUCGGAAAUCCAUUAAGAAUUAUGCAUCACAUGUCAAACCGUUAACUGAUUGGGCUAUUCGAAAUAAAAGAGUGAAGAAAUCUAUCUUGAUUGAAUCUUUCAACAAGCUUAAGUAUCUUUUAACUCAUUCACCCACCUUGGUUACACCUUCACCAGAUGCAGUCUAUAAGAUUACCACUGAUGCAAGCGACUAUUGUACCGGUGCCGUGAUUGAAAAGUUAGAUCCUGCGGGAAAAUCCAUGGGAAUUGUGGCAUAUUUUUCCAAAGUUAUGAAUAAGCAUGAGUUAAACUAUCCUCCUCGUGAGAAGGAAUUUUUAGCUAUCAUUCGAGUAUUGGAACGUCACAGACACAUGUUACUUGGUCACAAAAUUAUCCUUGAUACUGAUCACCAAUCCUUGCUGUACAUUCUUUCACAUCCAAAACCGUUAAGUCCCAAAAUGGCUCGAUGGUUAGACUUCUUGGGAGAAUUCGAUCUAGAAAUCAACUACAUUCGUGGUAAAUACAAUAAGGCAGACCCAUUGACUCGUCGUUGGCAAGAUGCGAUACAGUUCAAUGCUAUCUCCUUUCCACUUUCAAAUGAGUGCUUAGGUCGAAAUUUCUUCAAAGAGUGCCGUGCAAACUAUGAAUCUUCUAUGAAAUCACGUAAUGUUUACCAAGCGUUGACUAAGAAGGUUACGUCUUCCAGCGAUGCUCGGGCAAUGAAGAAGUACAAGCUUGAAGAUGGUCUUUUAUAUUACAUGGGUUAUGAUCGAGAAGGUCUUGCUAGUCCAAGACUCUGGGUUCCAACUACUGAAUUACAGUUGCGGGUUAUACACCAACAUCACGAUACAGCAUCCACGCUCCACCCCGGUCUUCUGCCUACCUAUUUCGACAUGCAGAAAUACUACUACUGGCCGGACAUGCAUGAAUCAAUUCGAAGAUAUAUUAAACAUUGCGGUAUUUGCCAAGCUAUAAAGCCUCGUACCCAAUCUGGUUAUGGUCUUCUUCAUCCUAUAAAAAUCCCUACCAAACGUUGGCAGUCAAUAACGAUGGACUUCAUUUCAGGGUUUAAGAACACUGAUGGCAAGGACCAAGUUUUGAUUGUUGUUGAUCGUUUGACAAAACGUGCACAUUUUAUUCCUUGUUCCAAGAAUAUCACUGCACAAGAAUGUUCUUACUUGAUUUUAAAUGAAGUAAUUAAACAUCAUGGGGUUCCUGAAGAGAUCAUCACGGAUCGUGAUUCCUUGUUUACUUCUAAUUGGUGGAAAGAUUUCUUUUCUAGCCUCCAAACGAAAUUGAAGUACUCUACCCCUAAUCAUCCUCAAACAGAUGGUCAGACGGAGAGAACAAACAGGACAUUCAUUCAAUUAUUACGUGCUUUUAGCAACUUCAAAGAUACGCUUUGGUUAGAUAAACUUCCUUUGAUCGAGUUUGCUUACAACUACCAUUACCACUCUUCAAUCAAGAUGUCUCCUUUUGAAGCAGAUCUUUGUUACCAACCUAAUCCGCCUCAUUUGGAUAGUCGGUUGUUUGAGUUUCCUCGUUACCGUGACACACCUGUUAAUAAGGUGGAUCUCAGUACGAAAGCGGAAUACUUGGAUUAUUUGAUAAGUUAUGUGAAGCAUUCACUAGAACAUGCGCAAGAUGAACAGGAAAAGCACUUCAAUAAGCACCACCAACAACUUUUACUCCAGCAAGGUGACAAAGUUCUAUUGCACCGGGAUGCAAAAAUUUUCGGUCACAGAUUUAGGUUUACUAAAGAAGAUGAACUUUAUUUUGGUCCCUUCGCGGUUAUCAAGAAAUAUCCAGAUAACGACAAUGCUUAUGAGCUUGAUCUCGGUCCUGCCUAUCGCGACAGGAUGGUUAAUGUUAAACAUAUGAGGCCCUUUCAGGACUCGUUGUUUUAUGACAAAACACCUCCCACGACGAUCCCAGAGCUUAUACAAGCUGGUCGUGCUAGAACUAUACGAGCUAUUCAUGGCAUUGAUUUACUCAAUCAGGUCAUGGCUUUGACGUUCACCAAUUGUGCUCCUUUCCAUGCUGCUCUUUUCAGAGUUUCAGAUGUUAAACAGGCGCUACACCCAGCAUACUUUCAAGAAUUGCUAGAUCAAUAUUCUAGUCAGAUUCAGGGCGAGCAGGAUGAGUUCAACAGGGUUCAAGACUUAGCAGGUUAG